AUGUACAAACCCACCCCCCUCCUCACCAUCCUCCCAACCUUUUCCUCUGGAAUAAUAAGAGCCAGAGGAUCAAAGAUAGAAGAAGACUCUUCCAUAAAAAAGAGAAAAAGAACAUUGAUAACAUCCCUCCCGUCUUCUUCUCACACCGACAUCCCAUCCUUCCUUCGCCAUGCAGACAUCUCAUCUCUAAACCCAACAACCACAGUCUUCACGGGUACUCUAUACGAAUACACCGUUCUCGCAGCUCUAACCCGCUGUCUACCUGGAAUAUCCCUAACCCGCGUCGGAGGCCGUGAUGACGCCGGUGUGGAUUUACUCGGCCAAUGGGAGUUACCCAGGAUACCCCGUCGUCGAAUACCCAUAACAACUACCACCAAUAAUAAUACCAAUGAGAAUAACAAUAAUAAUAAUAAUAAUAAUAAUAAUAACUCCACCAACCCCCCAGAAAACGACCCCGAAAUCCUCCCACUAACAAUCCAAUGCAAAAACGUCCAACAAAAAUCCUGGAAAGGUCCCCAAUACAUCCGCGAACUAGAAGGCGCUCUAGCCUCUCGUCCUCAUAACGCCCUAGGCAUCCUAGCUAGCGUAAGGGAUAUAACCCCGGGUAUGAAAAAACAAAUGCUAGCGAGCCGACGGGCAUUGGGAUUCGUCAAGGUUACACCUUUGGAGGCGAUUUAUGGCGGCGAAAUAUUGAUACAAAAAUAUGGUGAUCACGAUGGUGGCUUGUUGGAGUUUAAAUUGACCGGGAGAGGGGGGUUGUUACAGCAAUUUGCGUGGAAUGAGGUUGCUAAUCGGUAUAUUGGAGGGUUUGGUAUCGGGGCUAGAUAUGUGGAAAGGGAUUAUGCUGUGAAGGACGUCGAGUUGGGUGAGUUUAUGCAUAAACCGGAGAAGAUGAAAGCUAGAAAAAUGGAGGAGGGAGAAGAAGAGGAAGGAGAAGAAUUGGAGCAGGAGAUUACAUUAACCUGGAAUGGGACACCAGUAUCAUUGAAGUUAUGA